UGCCGCCUGCGAGCGCGGCGCGGCCCGGCGGCCGCUGCCUAUGGAGCCUCCCGCCCUCGCCGCCGUCCUGGCCUUCUCCGGGCUGGCGCUGAGCUGCUGCCGCGAGCCCGUUCUGUCCGAAUGCUAUACAGCAAAUGGGGCUGACUAUCGUGGCACUCAGAACCAGACCUCCCAAUAUGCAGGGAAACCUUGUCUUUUUUGGAAUGAGACCUUUGAGCAUCCUUAUAAUACUGUGAAAUAUCCCAAUGGGGAGGGAGGGCUUGGAGAGCAUAACUACUGCAGAAACCCCGAUGGGGAUGUCAGCCCAUGGUGCUAUAUUGCAGAACAUGAAGAUGGAAUAUACUGGAAAUACUGUGAGAUUCCAUCCUGCCGAAUGCCAGGAAACCUGGGCUGUUACAAGGACCACGGAGAGCCACCACCUUUGACUGGCACCAGCGAGACCUCCAAUAAACUCACAAUCCAAACGUGCAUCAGCUCCUGCCGAAGCCAGCAGUUUAAGUUUGCAGGCAUGGAAUCAGGUUAUGCUUGUUUCUGUGGAAAUAAUCCUGACUACUGGAGAUACGGGGAGGCAGCCAGUACGGAAUGCAACAGUGUUUGCUUUGGAGACCACACUCAGCCCUGCGGUGGGGAUGGCAGAGUCAUUCUUUUUGACACCCUUAUUGGUGCCUGUGGAGGGAAUUACACUUCUGCUACAGCUGUGAUCUAUUCCCCAGAUUUCCCUGACACAUAUGGCACAGGCAAAGUCUGUUACUGGACCAUACAAGUUCCAGGAGCCUCCCAAAUCCACUUCACCUUUGUCCUUUUUGAAAUCAAAGAUGCUACAGAUAUGGUGGAAUUGCUGGAUGGUUAUACCUAUCACGUUCUAGCUCGUUUUAAUGGCAAGAACCGGCCUCCCCACACCUUUAACAUCUCUUUGGAUUUUGUUAUUUUGUAUUUUUUCUCCGAUGACAUCAAUCAAGCCCAGGGAUUUGCUAUCAGGUAUAGAGCUGUGAAGGACAAUGUGCAUCCAAACAAGAUCCCAGUGAAUCACACCCUUUCAGAGAAGAUAAAUGAACAGGCAAAUCUCAGCAUCAAUGCAGCCCGGUCAUCGAAGAUCCUCUAUGUCAUCACAACCAGCCCAAGCCAUCCCACUAGCUCCAUGCCUGAAUGGACAAUAUACAGUCUCACAGCACUGCUUAUCCUAAGUGUUACAGCCAUAAUAGCAAAGAUACUUCUGCACAUUACCAUGAGGUCCCACCAGAUUCCAGCUGCAGCUGAAACUGAAGAUUGCAGUGAUGUCACUACUGCUGGUGAGAUCUGGAGUAUAUUUUACCAACCAUCCACAUCAAUAUCCAUCUUCAAGAAAAAGCUUCGAAAUCAACAAGACGAUUGCAACCCACUGGUGGGAAACUGAAGUGCCUUUUAUUCUGCAAGAAUUGAUCUUCUUAAAAUCCAGGUGACUUGAGAUUAAUCUUCCUCUUUUUCUUUCCUCCCAAUCUCAUACCUGUUUUUCAACAAGUCCAUUUCCAAAGGCCUUUGCGUGACUUUGCGUAUCUGCUGUUCUCUUGGAUAUACCAGUGACAACAGAUUUCAUUGCAGCAAUAAUUUUGAAACACCUGGUGCUCCUCAAGUCUGUAGUGCUGUUAAUUACUGCCUUUAAACCAUUGCACUUAAAAAAAUAUGGAAAAACUCGUAAAAUUCAAGAUGUCCUGUACCCCUGCCAAAGGUAACUGAGGGGGUAUCUACAGGCUGAGAUUUCUUGUGUCCCACUUGCCUGUACCACUGGAUUAUAUCAGGCUACUUUAGUCCUUUUAUUCUCAAGGCUGAACACAGAGGUGGGUACAGAUAACCUGUUCAGCUACCACAGCAAACAGAGCUUAUUUGCCUUGAUGUAAGCACAUCUAAAUGGUACUAUGCAGUAGAAUGGGAAUCAAAGACUGGAGAAAUUAUCAGCCUGGUUGCUCAGUGCUGUGCUCUUUCUGCAUUUUCUGAUUCUGCGUCUGCAAGCAGAGAUGCAAACACAAAAAAUCAAAUUCAGGACGCCUCUAAAACAAGAUUCAGCUACAAAUGUGCAUUUUGACUGACUAGUGCUCACCAGGUCAAGGCCUUUUAAAUUACUCUGUGUGACCCAUCAUCCACUGAUGUUUAUGAUAAUUUUGUUCAUAUUCACAGUGAUCCUUUGUGCUCCAGCCUGACAGCCACCAUUCAUCCUGGGUGUGAGCUUAGGACUUCUUAAAGGACUCUCCAAAGAUACUGUAAUCCACUGAAUUCUUAUCAGGGAGGCUGACUAACAGAUUUUUACUCUGAAAUCACAUGUAUUAAUCUCAGCAGCCCAAACUAUUUACAAAGUUGUAGGCUGCUAUCACCAGCUCACCUGGGCCAGGCUGUGCAGCUGAACGUGCAUGGAACAGCUGCCUUGACACUUACUGUGAGGAGAAGUGUCUCCUUGCCUGCAACACUAACACUAAACUCAAUUUUUAAGGUAAUUUCCUUAAUUGUCAAAGAACUAAAACAUCAGUGGGGUUCUGAUCUGUGAACCAUUUUCUCUCUGAUUGCAACAGACAGCAUUAACUGUUUCUUCUCUUUGGUAGACUGACUGCCCAUCCACAAUACUCAGAUUUCUCAUCCCACCACCACAAGUGGGAAACAAGUAAUUCCAAGGGAUCAGCACUGAGUCUUUCAGCCUCAACAAGUUCAAACCAGCAAGAUAUUUAGGAAAAACUGUCAAUGCAAAUGUCAGAUAAAUUGACUGGCAAAGUUUACAGUGGGCAGCUCCUCAAACUCAGAGGAGGUUCACUGAGAACUAUUGAGCUACAGUAACUCUGGCUAAGUUUGAACUGAAGCCAAUGGUCUGCAUAUACCAGAUGUGCAGUCAGAGAACAUCUUAUUAAGUACAUCUGCAAAAGGUAAUUAAGAAAAGUAAGAAAAUUGUCACCGAGUUUAAAUUCAUUGUAGUAUCUGCCCUUAUGUUUUUUAACGUGUAACUCCCUCCUUUUUGUGAGAACUACAGAUUUCAUUGAAAAAACAGGGCAUAAAGAAUUGAAGCAGCAAAAUACUGUUCUUUACCACUGUAGAUCUGGCCUUUUACCUGAACUGAAUUCAGUCCAGCUUACGUACCACAGAUGAGUGCUAGAGACAGCUGAACAAUAUCACAAUGCAUGCUUAAAAGAAACCAGACUUUACUGAGCCAGCAAUUAUGGAAUUGUUUAUAUAAAAAAAAUGGAAUAGCAUGGGAACAUCCAGUACUUCUUGCAUGAGCUGCUGGAAAGAAUACAGGAAAAUAUAAUUACAGCAUUAGCUAAAAUGAAGAGAAGACAAAUGGUAAAAAAUAUGCUGGUUCUCUCUUACGUGUCAUCAUAUUGGACCAAAAACCAUUGUCUGUUUCAGACCUAACCAAAGUUCUGAAAUUGCCUUUUUUAAAAGUAAGGUUUUACACCAUUCUGUGUGGAGAAAGAGCUCACCUCAGAGAUUCACAGCAAAACAAACAGGUUGGUUCCUAAGCAUCCUUAAUUUGGUGCACAAAUAGGAAACCAGGCAGAGAGAAUCACAGUGUGGUGCCAGAUCCUCAGGAGCUUUUAGGAGCACAUAAUGCUUAUCACAAAGUGAUGAAGUUUUCCUUGCCUUAUCAAAUGCAAGUUAAACAUUUUGCCAGAGAGACAUUCAUAAAGCAGUUCCCUAAUGGUGAUUGAUUGAAAAAAACAUCGGCAACACCCAGUGACUGAUUUACACCUACUACAAAAAGAAAAAAUACAGAAGGUUAUGCUUACGCUUUUCUUCCCCAGUGAGGAAUUUAAUUUCACUAUAAUACUAGAGAAAAUAUCAUUAUAAACAGCAACAAAGACUGAUGCUACUAAUGCAAAAUGUAGAGAAUUCAAGAAGUGAGAUUUUUGCAUUGCUCCCUUCGCUCCUCAAAUAUUUUUAAAAUAAAAUUGUAUUUCAUAGGAUUUUCAUGGAGAACAUGAAUUGAAUUUAUGUACACAAGUCCCAUAAAACCAGCACUUACAGCAGAUUAACUGGUCAUGGCAACAAUAAACAUGACUAUAUUAGACAGUGCAUGGGUAAUACACUGAUAAAAGCAUGGAACAAAUUCUGUUCCCCCCACCAAAUCUUUUAGACUGGCUGAUUCUAGAUGCUUCCAGUGCUAGCAAACAGGGCAAUGGAUGGAAAUUCAUGGACAGGGUCCCUCAAAUAGCACUUAUUACCUUACAGGGCUGAGACCAUGAAGAGCAGGUAGAUCUCCAGUAUGGAUUUUUUCAAAAUGUGGUAGGGUCACUCACACUCCUAGUGCAGACACUUCACGGGUGUGGUGAUUUAUGGCCAAGAUGUGUGGUAUCCGUUAACAUAGCGUGUUUUGAUCUUUGCUGUAAGGGUUUGGGGGAGAAAGAAGCAAAAAGUGUGACCAUGCACAAGUGUUGUAACCCCACAAAAGAAAUGCCCCUACUACACAGCCAGCUGAGAGCUGGCAGCUGGAGAGCAGGGACACCUCAGGAUUUUGGUGUUUAAACCAUUUUCUUCAACAAAUUGAAAAUAACUGCAGAAGAGGAAUUUGUUUGGAGUUGUACCUGAACGGCCUUCUGAGCUCCUGCUUAGCAGUUCCUUCAAGAGGCUGGACAGCUGCAAACGUGACACAAUGUCAAAAGCAACGGUUGUGACAACCAAAGCACCACGAGGAGCUGCCUCCUCAUCCACAUGGAUUUCAGCUCCUGCUCUGGCCCCCUGCUCACCCUCGUGCUGGUGUGACCAGCUGUGCAGUGGUGCAAUAAACUGAUCAGGUCAAAAA